UGCUGCUGUCAAAUAUCAUAAGCCCUGUGCUUUUGGAGACCGUGUCCACUUCAAUACUUGCUGGAGCUCUACAACAGAGUUCUAUGCAAAAUGUUCUCAUUUCACCGCUGGCCAUUGAGGAAGGACUAUUGCAGUUGUACAUUGGCGCCGAGGGAAAUACUGCAGAGCAGCUAAAACAUUUUCUGCAACUCGAUGGUUCGACGAAACGUGAAGUCUUGGAUUGGUAUCAUACGUGGCGCCAGCGACUCGAAAAGCCACCAGCUAAUGAGUUAAGCAUUGCUAGUCGAUUGUUUGCUGCCAAGGAAAUAGGCAUAUUGCCCGAAUACGAAACGGAGCUGAAAAGAAUAUUCGAUGUGACUGUUGGAUCUGUAAACGCUGAUGAUAGCGUGAAGACCGCAACUAUUGUGAACAAUUGGAUUACAAGACAGACCCACAAUCACAUUGACAGCUUGCUCUAUGGCACCGAAGACGUUGGUUUGAUGGCUGUCGUUGGUGUUGUCUAUUUCAAAGGAUUUUGGGCAAAUUGCUUUGACAAAUUCUCAAAUUCACAGCGGAAUUUUUAUACGCUAUCAAAUGCCGGUGGCUAUGAGAAUGCUAAAGUGGAAACUAUGCAAGUGGUGGGUAAAUUCAAAGUGGCCGAGCAUCCUGAAAUUGAUGCAAGUAGUAUACAAAUUCCCUAUAACAGUUCGAGCAUAUCAAUGACUAUUUAUGUGCCCAAUGCCAUAAACGGCCUUGAUAGGAUCAUUGCAAAGUUAGAAGAAUGGCCAAAUCACGAAAUUGCAGCGAAAGUGCAACCAACGCUACUUAAGCUCUAUUUGCCAAAGUUUAAGCUGGAGACCACGAUGGAUAUGCUGCCUGCUUUAAAGUCAUUGGGUGUACGCGAGUUAGCUAAGCAUCCAAAUUUUUCAUCUAUGACGCGCUUUGGUAAACCGAAGAUUGAAAAAUUCUGGCACAAGUCAAAGCUUGAGGUGGAUGAAGUUGGAGUUCAGGCUGCCAAUGCUAGAGCCAGUCCAUAUAAUAAAGAUAAGUCACCCGAGGAGUUCACUGUGGAUCGUCCGUUUAUAUUUUUUAUACAAGAUGACGAGCGAGUUUACUUUGCUGGACGUGUGGGCGACCCAAGAAGUGCUUACCAGAAAAAUGCAAACGCUGAAUUCACCAUAUAAUAAUAUGUAAUUAAAUUUACUACUACUGUCUUUUCAAAAGUCAAGAACCUUUUAUUAAAGCU